AAGUGUCGUAGGGGCAGGGAGGGGUUCUUUACCCGGUCCGGCAGCUGAAGCUCGGCUCUCGGGUUACCCCUGCAGCGACGCCCCCUGGUCCCACCGAUACCACUGCUGCUCCCGCCCCUUCGCUCCUCGGCCGCGCAAUGGGCACCCGCGACGACGAGUACGACUAUCUCUUCAAAGUUGUCCUUAUUGGAGAUUCUGGUGUUGGGAAGAGUAAUCUCUUAUCUCGAUUUACUCGAAAUGAAUUUAAUCUUGAAAGUAAGAGCACCAUUGGAGUAGAGUUUGCAACAAGAAGCAUCCAGGUUGAUGGGAAAACCAUAAAGGCACAGAUAUGGGACACGGCAGGGCAGGAGCGAUACCGAGCUAUAACAUCAGCAUACUAUCGUGGAGCUGUAGGUGCCUUAUUGGUGUAUGACAUUGCUAAACAUCUCACAUAUGAAAAUGUAGAACGCUGGCUGAAAGAACUGAGAGAUCACGCUGAUAGUAACAUUGUUAUCAUGCUUGUGGGCAAUAAGAGUGAUUUGCGUCAUCUCAGGGCAGUUCCUACAGAUGAAGCAAGAGCUUUUGCAGAAAAGAAUGGUUUGUCAUUCAUUGAGACUUCAGCCCUAGACUCUACAAAUGUAGAAGCUGCUUUUCAGACAAUUCUGACAGAGAUAUACCGCAUUGUUUCCCAGAAGCAAAUGUCAGACAGACGUGAAAAUGACAUGUCUCCAAGCAACAAUGUGGUUCCUAUUCAUGUUCCACCAACCACUGAAAACAAGCCAAAGGUGCAGUGCUGUCAGAACAUAUAAGGCGUUUCUCUUCUCCCCUAGAAGGCUGUGUAUAGUCCAUUUCCCAGGUCUGAGAUUUAAAUAUAUUUGUAAUUCUUGUGGUCACUUUGUGUUUUAUUACUUCCUCAUACUUACGAAUUUUCUCAUGUCUUAAGUCUUUUGAUUUUAGCUUUAUAAAAUCAUCCACUUGUCCCGAACGACUGCAGCUUUUUUUCAUGCUAUGGCUUCACUAGCCUUAGUUUAAUAAACUGAAUGUUUGGAUUCCUCAGUUAUUGUUUACUUUUCAUCAUGAAGCCUGUCACUCUAGGACAUAUUAGAACUUGAUCACUUGAAGCUCAGACCUAUUGGUCUUGAUCAAACUAAGAAGACUUUAGAAGAAAUAAGCUAUCAUUUUGCCACAGAGCAGCUUAUAAUGAGCAGCUUAUAAUUCAUACACUCUUCUCUCAAUGCAGUGUAUAUUUCCACAAAUCUAAGAAUUGCCCUAUAAACAGCAGCAUUUUGAGAGCUUGAAAAUUUUCCAUUAUUCUGGAAGUCAAUUUCUAAAAUGCCUUAAUAGGAUUAAGUAGUUUAGUAAAUUUUGUUGUUUAAUUUUUGUAAGCAUCAAAGUUGUUUAGAGAGGGGGACACUUUCUGGACAAGAAUUAUCUUAAUAAACAAAAGACUGUUUUAUGGUUUCAGUAGCAGUGUGGUUAUGGAGCCAUAUGUUAAACGAUGCUGCCUGGCAGGCUGGGAACUUGAGAGACUGGUGGAAUUCCAUCUGAGAUGCCUCUGUUGCAAUGAUCAGGCAGCCCAAAUCAUUGAACUCAUCUAAUUUCCUGGCAGUAGAUUAUGUGGCAUUUUAUUGCUCAGGCAAUAACUGGUUUAAUGCUAUUAGUAUCAAAUUGUGAAGUGUUCAUUUUGUCUUAAAACCUUCCAGUAAAUGAAAUGCAACCUAGUUUUAUCACCAUAUCUAUCAGCAGGCAUGGAUGAUUAUUUUAACAAUGCUAAUUUUUGAGUUUUGCAAUAUAUUAAGGAAUACAGUCCAGUUAAAUAUCUGGUUUCAGUAUGUCUGAAGAAUAUAGUGAGAGGUUACUGUCUGCUCAAGUGGUACCACUUAAAGGCAUGUAUUCUUUUAGUAUGUAGUACCUUGAGUUUAAAUAGAAUGCAUUUAGGCAUUAUACAAACCUGAACUACUUUUUCCCCAUUACAUUAUUAAAAUCGGUGGAGCAACUAGUUUCCCAUUUAGAAAUGUGCACUACUAAUACUGAAUUUUACUUUCUUGUGGAUAAUAUUAAGCACUUACUCUGCAGUGUUCUGAAAGUUGUGUCAACUGAAUUGAUACUAUUCAGGAUGGUGGAAUAUCCCCCAAGUACAAAAAUAUGUGUGUGUGGGCUUGCAUAGAUUACUAUGUUUCAUAGUUAAUCUGUCUUUUGCGGUGCUCAUGACGUGUGGGGCACACGGAAGGCAUUGCUGUAGUCAGUCUUUUUGGCUUUCUUCUGUAGCCACUUAUUAUUUUAGAGUAUUGGUUGGUUAUGAAGAUACUAUUAUCUAUUUGUAAAUCGCUACUUUGUAUUUUAUGCAUGCUCUGUAACUUGAUUUAUUUUUGUUUUAAUUUUAUUUUUUAGUUUUUGAUUUGGAAUAUAUUCACAUUCUAAUAAACAGUUAUAGGGGGACUAUUC